UGUAAAGUUGAGGCCUUUGUGGGUUUUGAAUGGGUAUUGAGAGGACCUUGGCUGAUAGAAAAGGAAGAGACUUUUGUGAAUUGCCAAGAGAAACCAUUGCCAGCAGCAACUCAAGGAAGAACCGGCGGCGUCAGAGGAAGAAGCCGCCGCCGGUUCAAAAGCUCUUCGAGACUUGCAAGGAUGUUUUUGCCUCUGGAGGAACAGGGGUUGUUCCUCCCUCUCAGGACAUAGAGAAGCUUCGGUCUGUUCUAGAUGGAAUAAAACUGGAAGACGUUGGUUUGAAACCUGAUAUGCCGUAUUUCCGGACAAAUGCCAGUCAAAGAACGCCAAUAAUCACAUACCUGCACAUAUAUGAGUGUGAAAAGUUCUCGAUGGGAAUAUUUUGUUUGCCACCUUCUGGGGUUAUUCCUCUUCACAAUCACCCCGGAAUGACGGUUUUUAGUAAGCUUCUCUUUGGAACCAUGCACAUCAAGUCAUACGAUUGGGUCGUUGACUUGCCUCCUGAAUCUCCCACCAUUAUCAAACCGUCUGAGAGCCAGGCUCCUGAAAUGCGGUUAGCCAAAGUUAAGGUUGAUGCUGAUUUCACUGCUCCUUGCAACCCCUCCAUCCUUUAUCCAGAGGAUGGAGGCAACUUGCACUGUUUCACAGCAGUGACAGCAUGUGCAGUUCUUGAUGUGCUUGGUCCUCCAUAUUCUGAUGCUGAGGGUAGACACUGCACAUACUACCAUAAUUAUCCCUUUUCCAACUUUCCAGUGGAUGGACUAUCCAUACCUGAAGAGGAAAGGAAUGCUUAUGAAUGGUUACAAGAGAGGGAGGAACUUGAAGAUUUAGAAGUAAAUGGAAAAAUGUACAAUGGCCCAAAGAUUGUGGAGACAUAAUAAUCUUCAUCCUAUCACACACACACUCACACCAUCUUUCAGUUCCUGUGAUCAGUUGCUGCUGCUGUCAAAUACCCUUAUAGAAAUUUUUUUUAUCAAUCUUUUCUAGUAGAGAAACAACGAAUCUGUGUUCUUGUACCUUUUUUUUUUAGUGUUUUUCUUCUUUAUGGAACAUGAGGAGGCACUUGUCAUGCACUUGGUGCUAUUUUCAGUUUAUAGCUCUUUUGUGUACAUACCAAGAAACAGAAAAGGACAAAGAGGGUGCCGCACUGGAAACUGAACUUGAAAUGAAGGUGCAAUGCAAUGAG